GUUUCCAUUUUUAGUCUGACAUUUCACUCUUUGAUUUGUUUUUCUUUUACUUGAUUCCAGGAUUCCUUUACUAAUGAAAAUAUGGAGGCCUACAAGGAGCAUGUUUUGGACCAUAUGAAGGAGUUGUGGAGAAAAUGGAGGUCAGACUUGUUAAGGUAUAAAAUCAUUCAUAAGAAACUCACCUUAAAAGCUGCAUACAACGCUUCUCCACCUGAUGGGCUUAAUAAGAGUGAGUGGCAGUGGCUUAUUAAGGAGAUUUUUUCAAAGCGAGAAUUUAAGGAAAGAAGUGCCAGGAACUCUAAUAAUCGGGCUCAGUAUCUUAAAGAGUUAAUGCCUCGAACUGGGAGCAAGCCUUUUAGGCAAGUCAUUUGGGAUGAUUUGGGAGGAAAUAAUGGGAAGAAGCCGAGUUUGGUUGAUGUAUUCUACUCCACUCGAAAGAAAGGAACUCAACUUCCAAAUGCGGAGACAACGCAAAAAUAUGAAGAACUUCGGGAAACAAUGGCAAAGGAUCCAUCACUUUCUCAAGUCGAGGUAGUACAACAAGUUUUUAAAUCAAAAUCUCGAGAUCGGGUUGUAGGUUUUGGAGGAGGAAUAAAGCUUAAAGAUGUAAGGGGACCACAACCCAGUAGAGUAGAGCUUCAAACUAAAUUGAAUGCUGCCAACAAACAUAAUGAAGUUCUUGCAAAUCGCGUGGAGGAAGUACAAGCCGAGAACAAUGAAAUGAAGGAACGUGUUAGCUUGGUUGAGUCUAGAAUGAAAAUGUUUCAAGAUGCAUUGGUGUCGCAACUUAAUGUUACUAUUCCAACUUCACAAUCAGGAUCAGAAAUGCAAGAAUAGGUCGAAGCUGCUACA